AUGAACAGGCCAGGACCAGGCCCGCAGCCUCUGAGAGGCAUGUCCGGAUUCCCCGCCCAGCAACAAGCCCAAGCUAGAAAUGCGACGCUAGCCUCGACACGAUUACCCAACGGUAAAAUGGCGGAAUAUGGGAACGAUGGGAACUUUCGCACAAAGUCUGGCGGGAUCUCAACAAAACACACCUUUGGAUCUUUCAUUGCAUGGUCAUCCAAGGCAAAGGCCAGCUUGUGGACGGCAGCGCUAAUACCUGGUGCUUUUUUCUUUCAAAGAGAGUUUCCAUCGUUAUCAGGAGCGCCACAGCAGAGCCAGUCACAGAGUCCAGGACAGGCUGUCUGGGCAAACGCAGGGCAGCGGACGACUCAGCAGACUCCUGUGCAGAGACAACAGCCUCCCGCAACCCAGGCUCCGUCUAGAGCGUCGCAGACACAAACCCACUACUCUCAACAAUCACAACCUUCUCACGAUGACAUCUUUCCCUCUGGAGCUCAGUUUGCCAACCGAUUAGACGACUUCAGGAACGGUGGUCAAGGAAUCGGUGGCCAGCCCCAGACUGGCAACAUUGAGGAAUUUCCACCGCUCGGGAGAAACGUUCACGCUGAUAUAGCGCAGGAGCGAAGGGGAUCCUUGUUGCAAAACGCCGGGUUUGGAAGCUACGGGUCUGGCAUGCAAUACUCAGGACAAAAUCAAUCCGCGCAAGCUCGUAACAUAAUGGCAGCAUCCAUGAAUGGACACGAGACCAACCGAAUCAUGUCACCGGCGACAGCAGGUUCAAGUGGAAUCUCUACGUCAAGGUCUCCAAUCAACCAAGGACCCAACGGAGUCACUGGACAGGAUAAAGAGGAUCCCACCGCAUCUGCUAUGCCGAACCAACGCGGUUUACGUCCGGAUGGCUACACGGAGCAGGAACAGAACCAAGCGCAACAAAUGCAGCAACGUCAAGCACCAGCUGGUGCCGAGACGCAGGAGUCAUCAGGCACUAGCCAGAGUGCGGAGCAGCCCCCUCUUACUCAGAUGAGCGAGCUGGACAGGUUCGGCCUCGCUGGCUUGCUUCGAAUGAUUCAUAGCGAAAGCCCCGAUGUUGCAAGCCUCACCGUCGGCCAGGAUCUGAUGACUCUCGGUCUCGACCUGAACCAACCUGAACCUCUUCACCAUUCCUUUGCCUCGCCUUUCGUUUCCUCAUCUGCUGUGCCUCUGGAGCAAGACUUCUCCCUCCCGGCUUGCUACAGUGUUGCAAAUAUCCAGCCACUCCAGUCCCGUAUCCCGAGCUUCAGUGAUGAGACUCUCUUUUACAUUUUCUACAGCAUGCCUCGUGAUAUCAUGCAAGAACUGGCGGCCGAGGAGCUGAUGGGUCGCAAGUGGAGAUACCACAAAGUCGAGCGCGCUUGGUUGACGCGGGACGAGACUUAUCCAGGGCCUGUGGAUGUUGAGAGAGGUGUGAGUGAACGAGGUGUCUAUCUUUGGUGGGAUCCUACGAGCUGGAAGAAAGUUCGCUGCCUACCAUCCUGGAGCUCCAGUCCCGCCGAAGCCAAACAGCAAAACGUCUCGUCAACACAAAACUGCGAACAAGCGCAGCCCGCAUCCAGCAGCUUCGUAGGCGCUGCCCACUCAUGUGCUCUAACAAAGCGAUAUCUUAGGUUUUCCAGAGUCGCAGCCAUGAGAAUCGUUGAAAUUAUUAUCGACGUGCGUUUAAUCCUGUUUCAGUCGCAUUGCCGCAUGCUCCGCAAUACUGACCGCUCGACUACAGGGCUUCAAGUCGUACGCCGUCCGGACGGUCAUUUCAGGAUGCGGCGCAUUCGUGCUAACUCGUCGCGUAGGGACGAAUCGUUCAAUUCGAUCACUGGCCUGAAUGGCAGUGGGAAAUCCAACAUUCUCGAUGCGAUCUGCUUCGUCCUCGGAAUCACGAACAUGUCCACCGUCCGAGCACAAAAUCUCCAAGAUCUUAUCUACAAGCGUGGCCAAGCAGGAGUCACCAAGGCCAGCGUGACAAUCGUCUUUGACAACCGUGAUAAAUCCAAGUCUCCGAUCGGCUUCGAAGAAUAUGCCAGUAUCUCAGUUACGCGACAGAUCGUCCUGGGUGGAACGAGCAAGUACCUGAUUAACGGCCAUCGUGCACAACAGCAGACCGUGCAAAACCUCUUUCAGAGUGUUCAGCUGAACAUCAACAACCCUAAUUUCUUGAUUAUGCAAGGUCGAAUUACGAAAGUACUGAACAUGAAACCAGUGGAGAUACUAGCUAUGAUCGAAGAAGCAGCUGGUACCCGAAUGUUUGAAGAUAGAAAGGAGAAAGCUCUCAAAACUAUGGCAAAGAAGGAGAUGAAGGUUCGGGAAAUUGAAGGCCUUCUUAAGGAAGAAAUAGAGCCGAAGCUGGAAAAGCUACGAGGCGAGAAGCGAGCUUUCCUCGAUUUCCAGCAAACCCAGAACGACGUUGAGCGUCUUACCCGGUUAGUCGUCGCUCAUGAUUACCUGAAAAAUCGCGAGCGGCUACGAGUUGCUGGCGAAGAAUACGAAGCCAAGAAAGCCAGAAUACAAGAACUCGAGGACAAUGCGACUCGACUCAAAGGGGAAAUCGCUCAUCUGGAAGAGGAUGUGAAGCGAGUCAAGGCAGUGCGAGAAAAGGAGUUGCGUAAAGGUGGCAGGUUCCAGGCUCUGGAGAACGAAGUGAAGGCACAUUCUCAUGAAUUGGUCCGGUUGGCGACGGCAUUCGACCUGAAGAACUCAAGCCUGGCAGAGGAGAAGGAAAAGCGAAAAGCGCUACAAAAGACUGUGAAUGAACUUGAGAAACUCCUCAAGGAAAAAAGGACGAUCUACGAGAAACUCCAAGCAAAAUACGAUGCUGCGAAAGCAGAACUCGACUCUCAGACUGCGGAAGUCGAACAAAAGGAAGAAUUGCUCCAGACAUUGCAAACUGGAGUUGCAUCCAAGGAAGGCCAGGAGAAUGGAUAUCAGGCCCAGCUUCAAGAUGCUCGGAACCGUGUUAGCGCCGCUGCCACUGAGCAAGAGCAGGCAAAGCUUAAAAUCGCCCAUCUCGAAAAGAGGAUCAAAGAGGAAGAGCCUCGAGCAAAGAAGGCCAGGGAACAGAACGCGGGGCUUUUGAAAGAUCUAGAUGGCCUUAAGUUACGCGCAAAGCAACUUGAGGCCGAGAUGGCCAAACAAGGGUUCGAGCCUGGAAGAGAGGAGCAGUUGUAUCAGGAACAAACAGAUUUGCAACGGGACAUCCGAGAGCUUCGCGAGAAGGCCGAUUCCUUGAACCGAAAAGUGGCAAACCUCGAGUUUACUUAUUCUGACCCUUAUCCUGGGUUUGACAGAUCGAAGGUCAAGGGCCUUGUUGCUCAGUUGUUCACACUGGACAAGGAUAAGACGCAGGCAGGAACUGCACUCGAGAUCUGUGCAGGAGGUCGUCUCUAUAAUGUCGUGGUCGACACCGCUGAGACCGGCACCCAAUUGCUUCAGAAUGGGAAGCUGCGCAAGCGUGUUACCAUUAUUCCGCUGAAUAAGAUCUCAGCCUUUAAAGCUUCCGCUGAGAAGAUCGGCGCUGCACAGAAGUUGGCCCCGGGCAAGGUGGAUCUCGCUUUGUCACUGAUCGGGUAUGACGAAGAAGUGUCUGCUGCGAUGGAGUAUGUGUUUGGCUCAACCCUCAUCUGCGAUGACGCUCAGACUGCAAAGACCGUUACUUUUGAUCCUUCAGUCCGCAUGAAGAGCGUCACCCUGGAUGGCGACGUCUACGAUCCCUCUGGAACUCUUUCUGGUGGAAGUUCUCCAAAUUCAAGUGGCGUGCUCGUCAUCCUGCAGAAACUAAAUGAGGUCACUCGGGAGUUGAGGAGCAAAGAGCGGCUUCUGGCCCAGCUGCAGGACACGUUAGCUAAGGAAAAGAAGAAGCUGGAUGCAAUGCGAGCUAUAAAGCAAGAGCUGGACCUGAAAAACCACGAGAUUAAGCUCACUGAAGAGCAGAUUAAUAGCAACUCGUCGUCAUCGAUCAUUCAUGCUGUGGAAGAAAUGAAGGCAAAUAUCGAGCAGCUGAAGAAAGGCAUUGCCGAUGCGAAGAACCGGCAAGCAGAAGCCACCAAGGAUAUCAAGCGGAUCGAGAAGGACAUGAGCGAGUUCAACAACAACAAGGAUAGCAAGCUGGCGGAGUUGCAGUCAUCGCUCGAUGCCUUGAAAAAGAGUCUGAACAAGAACUCAGUUUCCGUCAAGACACUGCAGAAAGAGCUUCAGGCAUCCCGACUCGAGUCCGAGCAGGCUGGAAGUGACCUGUCAGCAGCUGAAGAACAACUGGCUGAGGUCGAUUCUACGAUAAAGGCCCAGCUGGAAGAGAUUGAAUCCCUCAAGAAGGAGCAAUCGAGGAUCAAAGAUGCCCACGAUCUCGCCCAGGCUCAACUGGAAGAAGAACAGGCCAAGCUUACGAGUUUUGAUGACGAGUUACGAGAUCUCGAGGAGGCCAUUCGUUCCAAGGGAGCGCGUAUCACCGAAGAGGGCUUGGAGAUGCAAAAACUCGGGCAUCAACUUGAGAAAUUGCACAAAGACCAGCAGGCGGCAGCACAGAUGGUCGCUAAUAUGGAGAACGAGCAUGAAUGGAUUGGAGAAGAGAAGGACAAGUUUGGUCGUCCCAACACGCCAUAUGAUUUUAACGGCCAAAACAUUGCUGAAUGCAGGUCAACUUUGCGCAAUUUGACAGAGCGAUUCCAGGGUAUGAAAAAGAAGAUUAAUCCUAAGGUCAUGAACAUGAUCGACAGCGUUGAGAAGAAGGAGGCUUCCCUGAAGCAGAUGAUGAGGACCGUGAUCAAGGACAAGAAAAAGAUCGAAGAGACUAUUGUUAACUUGAAUGAGUAUAAGCGGGAAGCCCUACAAAAAACAUGGACCAAGGUCAACAAUGAUUUUGGUCAAAUCUUCGCUGAGCUCCUGCCCGGCAGUUUUGCGAAACUUGAUCCUCCCGAGGGGAAGGACAUCACCGAUGGUCUGGAGGUCAAGGUCUGUCUAGGCAAAGUUUGGAAGCAGAGUCUCGCUGAACUGAGUGGCGGACAACGCUCCCUGAUCGCUCUCUCGCUCAUUAUGGCACUUCUCCAGUUCAAGCCAGCGCCCAUGUACAUUUUGGACGAGGUCGAUGCGGCUCUCGACUUGUCGCAUACUCAGAACAUCGGUCGGUUGAUCAAGACGCGCUUUAAGGGUUCGCAGUUUAUCGUGGUCUCCCUCAAAGAUGGCAUGUUCCAGAAUGCCAACCGGAUCUUCCGUACCCGGUUUAGUGAAGGGACCAGUGUUGUUCAAGCAUUGACACCAGCUGACCUGAAGUAA